CGGGGCGAGGAUGGCGGUGGCGUCCGCCGCAACGGUCGGGGCCGCGCGAGGCGGGGCGGCCGCGUAGGCGCGGGGGUCGCGAGCAGCCGAGCGGCGGGCCAUGGCGGCAGGCCGCGUCGGGGGGGCGGCCUGAGCGGCGCUCGCCGGCCCCAUGGGCUCGCUGAGCAGCCGAGUGCUGCGCCAGCCGGGGCGCGCCCGCGCCUUGCAGGAGCCGGCGGCGGCCGCGGGGGGCCCGGCGCGGAGAGCGGAGCCGGCCGGGGACGCGGCGCACGGCUUCUGCUACUGCCCGGGCAGCCGCAAGCGCAAGCGGAGCAGCGGGGCCUUCUGCUACUGCCACCCCGACUCGGAGACAGACGAGGACGAGGAGGAAGGGGACGAGCAGCAGCGGCUGCUCAACACCCCGCGGAGGAAAAAAUUAAAGAGUACAUCCAAGUAUAUUUAUCAGACAUUAUUUUUGAAUGGUGAAAAUAGUGACAUUAAGAUUUGUGCGCUAGGAGAAGAAUGGAGCUUACACAAAAUAUAUUUAUGUCAAUCUGGCUAUUUUUCUAGUAUGUUCAGUGGUUCAUGGAAAGAAUCCAGCAUGAAUAUUAUUGAACUGGAGAUUCCUGACCAGAAUAUAGAUAUAGAAGCAUUGCAGGUUGCGUUUGGUUCACUGUAUCGAGAUGAUGUCUUAAUAAAGCCCAGUCGUGUUAUUGCCAUUUUGGCGGCAGCUUGUAUGCUGCAAUUGGAUGGUUUAAUACAGCAGUGUGGUGAGACAAUGAAGGAAACAAUUAAUGUGAAAACUGUAUGUGGCUAUUACACAUCAGCAGGGACCUAUGGAUUAGAUUCUGUGAAGAAAAAGUGUCUUGAAUGGCUUCUAAACAACUUGAUGACUCACCAGAAUGUUGAACUUUUUAAAGAACUCAGUAUAAAUGUCAUGAAACAGCUCAUUGGCUCAUCUAACUUAUUUGUGAUGCAAGUGGAGAUGGAUGUAUAUACAGCUCUUAAAAAGUGGAUGUUCCUUCAACUUGUGCCUUCUUGGAAUGGAUCUUUAAAACAGCUUUUGACUGAAACAGAUGUCUGGUUUUCUAAGAGGAGAAAAGAUUUUGAAGGCAUGACCUUUCUUGAAACUGAGCAAGGAAAACCAUUUGUGUCAGUAUUCAAGCAUUUAAGGUUACAGUAUAUUAUCAGUGAUUUGGCCUCUGCAAGGAUUAUUGAACAGGAUUCUCUAGUACCUUCAGAAUGGCUGUCUUCUGUGUACAAACAGCAGUGGCUUGCUAUGCUCCGGGCAGAACAAGAUAGUGAGAUGGGGCCUCAAGAAAUUAACAAAGAAGAACUGGAGGGAAAUAGCAUGAGGUGUGGUAGAAAACUCGCCAAAGAUGGUGAAUACUGUUGGCGGUGGACAGGUUUUAACUUCGGCUUUGACCUGCUUGUCACUUACACCAAUCGAUACAUCAUUUUCAAACGCAAUACACUGAAUCAGCCAUGUAGCGGAUCUGUCAGUUUACAACCUCGAAGGAGCAUAGCAUUUAGAUUACGUUUGGCCUCUUUUGAUAGUAGUGGAAAACUAAUAUGUAGUAGAACAACUGGCUACCAAAUACUUACACUUGAAAAGGAUCAGGAACAAGUAGUGAUGAACUUGGACAGCAGGCUUCUGAUCUUCCCUUUAUAUAUCUGCUGUAACUUCUUGUAUAUAUCACCAGAGAAGAGAACUGAAAAUAAUCAUCCUGAAAAUCCAGAAAAUUGAGGGUCUCAUCUAUUGGAAAUAGUAGCACUUUGAAAAUUAUUUUGGCCAGCUUCCAUUUAAUGACCCAACUGAUAUUCACAUCCAAGGUGACUAACAAAGACAAAGGCCUUAUGAACUCUACAAAUAAUACAGAAGACUAUUCUUAUUCUCAUCCCAUUUCUAUGCAUAUGUGAAAAAAAAUUUUAAAGCCAAGAAAAUAUUUGUGAAACCAUUUUUUGUUGAAAGUAUCAACUUGUGCUUUUAAUUUAGCAUCAUAGAACAUAGCUGUAGGUAAAUUUCAUAUUUCUCUGGAACCAAAUAUAGAUUUAAUUUUUAAGCUUAAGCUUUGAUCAGUCUACCUAGUGUUAGUAAUCUCAGUAUCCAUCUGUGAAUUUAUUUCUGUUUAGCUUCAAGAAGCUAAAGGAAUAAUUUAAACGACCAAUUGUAAAUCUUAUUUCAGUCGGUGCAUUUAAAGGCUGUCCUUUAAUUUUUUUAAACUUCUCUUUAUGAGUCUUCCUCCUGUUGUAAUAUUUGUUCAGUUUGUAUUUUUCAAAAGAUUGUUCAUUGUUUUGGAGACUAAGAUGAGGAACUUUUUCUUUAACUUAGUUUUUGUUCUAUUUUAUUUUGAUUGUAGUGUAUAACUUUCUGAGGAAUUUAACAACCAAAAACUUACUUCAGAAUUUCAAAUGAACUUGAAUGGGGGCAGAAAUUAAGUUUAAUUCUGAGGAUAUCCUAUGCCUUACUUGGUCUUUGACAUUGUGUAAAUCUUUAUUAUUAUUAAGUCAUGGUUUAUUUUUGUACCAAAUAUUACACUUUAAACAUUUUCAUAUUUCUGAUCGUUAGGAUUAUUUAUGUUUAAAAUUUAAUUAUUAAUCUUAUUCCCUACUUAAACUCAGGACUUUAUAACCUCUGAAUUGAGUGCCUUUGAGUUAUACAUAAUAGAAAUUUCAUAGUCAAUGUAAAUAAGGUUGAGUAUCUCAUAUAAAAGCUGAUAAUAAAGCAUUAAUGUAAAAAUAGAAAUUAUUUUUAUCAAAAAUGAGGUGUAUGUUUGUCAUGACUUAUAUAUGUUGGCUGCUUAUGUUUAUUGCUAUUUUGAAAAUAGCCAUGCUCAUCAUUAUUUCCAGCCAGAGUAAGUACUUUUUGUGGCUAAUGUAUAUUUUUAGUAUGUUUUUAAAAAAUGGGGAUCAUUUUUAUGUAUCUGUAUAAAUACCCAUUUGGAAAAGAAAAAAUAAAUUCUUAU